AUGACACCACCACCACCACCACCAUCAAUCAUUCAUUCAAAAAUCGAAAAUGAUCUUAUUCUUGCUCUAUCAAAUCGUAUUCUUAUUAUUGAUGGAGCUAUGGGUACAAUGAUUCAACGAUAUAAAUUAGAAGAAUCUGAUUUUCGUUGUAAUGAAUAUGAAUUAAAUACUCAUAAACAUCCUCUUAAAGGAAAUAAUGAUUUAUUAUCCAUAACUCGUCCGGAUGUUAUUUUAGAAAUACAUGAAAAAUAUUUAGAAGCGGGAGCUGAUAUUAUUGAAACAAAUACAUUUAAUGCACAAUGUAUAUCACAAGCUGAUUAUGGUUUAGAACAUUUAUCAUAUCAAUUAAAUUUAAAAUCAGCUCAAUUAGCAAGACAAGCAGCAGAUGAAUAUACAAAAAAAACUGGUAUUCGACGAUUUGUUGCUGGUGCUUUAGGUCCAACAAAUAAAACUUUGUCAAUUUCUCCAUCAGUAGACAAACCGGAUUUUCGAAAUAUAACUUUCGAUGCUAUUGUUGAAGCAUAUACUGAACAAGCACGUGGUUUAGUUGAUGGCAAUGUUGAUUUAUUAUUAAUUGAAACUAUAUUUGAUACAGCAAAUGCAAAAGCAGCUAUAUUUGCAUUAAAAACUUUAUUUGAAACAAAUAUUGAAUUCACUAGACCAAUUCUUAUUUCGGGUACCAUUGUGGAUAUGAGUGGUCGAACAUUAUCUGGUCAAACAGUUGAUGCUUUUGUUGUUAGUGUUUCACAUGCUGAUCCGAUUUGUCUUGGUUUAAAUUGUGCUUUGGGUCCAAAAGAAAUGAGACGAUUUUUAGAAGAGGUUUCUAAUAACACAGGUGCAUACACAAUUUGUUAUCCAAAUGCUGGUCUACCAAAUACAUUUGGCGAAUAUGAUGAAACACCUGAAUCAAUGGCUCAACACAUAGGUCAUUGGGCUCAUGAUGGAUUACUUAAUAUUGUGGGUGGAUGUUGUGGUUCAACACCUGAUCAUAUCAAAGCGAUUGCUGAAAGUGUUAAACGAUAUCCACCAAGAGUACCACCAAAAGAUUUACAUAAAGAAGAAAUGCUUCUUUCAGGUCUUGAACCAUUUCGUAUUUCUCGUUAUACAAAUUUUGUUAAUAUUGGUGAACGAUGUAAUGUUGCUGGUAGUCGUCAAUUUCUUCGUUUAUUAAAAGAAAAUAAACUUGAUGCUGCUCUUCAAGUUGCUAAAGUACAAGUUGAAUCUGGUGCACAAAUACUUGAUUUAAAUAUGGAUGAAGGCAUGAUUGAUGGUCAAAUAAUAAUGGCAAAAUUUAUUAAUCUUCUUGGAUCAGAACCUGAUAUAGCUCGUGUACCUUUAUGUAUUGAUUCAUCAAAUUUUGCUGUUAUUGAAGCUGGUCUUAAAUGUACACAAGGCAAAUGUAUUGUUAAUUCAAUAUCAUUAAAAGAAGGUGAACAAGAUUUUCUUGAUAAAGCAAGAAAAUGUAAAAAAUAUGGAGCUGCUGUUGUUGUUAUGGCAUUUGAUGAACAAGGACAAGCAACAGAUAUUGAAAGAAAAUGUGCUAUAUGUAAAAGAAGUUAUGAUUUAUUAGUUAAUAUUGUAAAAUUUAAUCCAAAUGAUAUUAUAUUCGAUUCGAAUAUUUUAACAAUUGCAACAGGAAUGGAAGAACAUAAUAAUUAUGCAAUAAAUUUUAUUGAAUCAAUUAAACGUAUUAAAGUAAGUGAAGUUUAUUUUAGAAUUUGUUCAUAA